AGAUCUUUGUAUGCUCUUUUUUCAGCCUAUGGACGUAUAUUGGAUAUCGUUGCAUUGAAAACUAUAAAAAUGCGUGGCCAAGCUUUUAUUGUUUUCAAGGAAAUUCAAAGUGCUACAGCUGCCAUGAGAGGACUUAAUGGCUUUAAUUUUUACGACGUGCCUAUGCAAAUAGAAUACGCAAAAGGAAAAUCAGAUGCCGUUGCAAAAUUGGAUGGGACAUGGAAACGACCUGGUACUAUAAAUGCAAGUGCUCAACGUGCAUCAACAUUAGGACAACAAGUCACAUCUGCCCCUGCAGUGAAAAGACAAAGGGAGGAAGAAGAAAUGGAUGAAGGUGAAGUGCCAAUGGUGCCUACUGCACCAAAGGGUGAAUUAGAACCUCAAAAUCGAAUAUUAUAUAUACAAAAUUUGCCACCGGAUGUUACUGACGAAAUGUAUCCUGGAUUCAAAGAAGUUCGUCUUGUCCCUGGAAAAUCGGAUAUCGCAUUUGUGGAAUAUGAGGCUGAUCAUCAAGCUGCUGUGGCCAAAGAAGUUUUAAAUGGCUUUAAAAUUACUCAUGAGAAGGAAAUGAAAGUAACGUUUGCAAAGAGGUAA